ACACAUGGCUGCUGUCCGUCAGAUGCCCAUGGAGACCCAGGGCUUCCACCACAUGCUACCUGCCCAUCUUCUCUCCUCGACCAUGGAGGAGUUCCCCCAGCAGCUCCCCGUCCCCAAGGGGCCCGCCCGUGGCAAGAGCCGCCCCCGCCGGGCCCGCGAGGCCCGCUUCAAGACCCAGCCCGUCACCUUCGCCGAGAUCACCGAGGUGGAGGAGGAGGGCGCCUCGCCCCUGGAAGAGGAGAGGGCUCGCCGGUCUUUCCUGCAGUCCCUGGAGAACCUUCGCCGGAGCACGCAGGCGCUCUACUGUCCGACGACUGGUCGACGCACGCCCACGGCCACGGCCACACAGCAAAGCCUGGACUCUAGUGACUCUGACUCUGCCCAUUGACGGGCAGGACCUGAGGAGAAGUGUACACACCCUGCUUGGCACUGGCACACGCCCCUUUUCCCUUCCAAUUCUGCUUCACACUGGGGCCCAAUGAACUCAACUGAACUGAACUGAUAUCCAAGCUGCUCCUGUGCAUAGAGGCCAUUCUCCUUGAAAAUAUGUGUUUCCACAUACACAUAUAUUAGCAUAUGUGGCUACGGUAUGCAUUUGACACAUUUUUGUAAAGAACGCUACCCUGUAAUAUAUAUCAGUCGCUGGUUAUAUUGCUAACGCCUCUUAGAGAAGCUAAGUGUAGCAUAUAAGUUAUGACGCAGUGUUGAGUACACCACUUCAGAGAUAUUCUUCUUCAGAUAUAUUCCUUUUUCUACUGGCGAGGACUUCAGGACAGGAGGUGCUUUGAACUUGAAAUGUGUUAACUGUGGAAUGUCUUUGUCCUUUCUUUUAUAAAAGGAUAGAAACAAUGUUGUUUUUCUAUGUUGUACCUGUUUUGUGUUCUGCUUCAAACAGAUUCUACAAGUGCAGUCACGUUCGAACGAGACACCUCAUUCAGAUUUGACUGACUGAACUCUUUAUAUUGAAAGAUGCUCAAUGGUAACUGAAGUUAGGAGUUAUGUUGCAACGUUUUGGCACCGCUCUUAUUUCUAUGUUAAGCUCCGCAAGCUAGCGAAUGCCACUCACAAAAAAAUGCCUUUCCAGAUGUGAAAAUAUUUAUUCUCUUAUUUUGUUUGUAACAUAGCAAAUCUACAAAUAUUAUUUGGUCGUUGGCUCGUUUGACUUCUAAAGUCACGCUUGAUUUCUCAGAUGAAUAUCAUUUUUUACAUUGUUUUACAUCUCUAUUUGUUAGUUUGCUUCAAAUGUAAUAAAUAUUUGCAACGAUA